AUGGCCGCUGCGGGCGCUGACGCAGUGCCUGGUGCCCGUGCUGAAGAGAAUCGAGCGGAGAUCGCCGCACUGAGGCAGGAGAUUUCUUCGUUGCUGACGACCAAUGGACGUUUGCAUCAACAUUUGGGCCAGCUGAAUGGCUACUUUCCAGCUGAUGCUCAUACCGCUCCACGUGUCCAAGGCGAAGAACGCGCGGAGCCUGUGACGGUCUCACCGCCCCGCCAAAGCAAUCCCAAUCCGCCACUGGGUCAGCCGCCGGGGACGACGCCCACUUCUGCUGCGCUAGCGGCCAUGCUGCGGGAACGGGACGAUCUGCAGCAAAGACUGCAAACGACAGAGCUCGCGCGUUGUGCUGCUCAACAGCGCCGGUCCACCGCAGAGGCCGCGUUGCAGCGGGCUUCCGACGAUUUGGACCGGCAAAAGAAGCUGGUGGCCUCAUAUGCAGCAGAAAAGGAACAAUCGGCUAGUGAAGCGGAAGGCCUGCGGCAACAGUUGCGCGAGGCCCAUGAGAAGCUCGCCCAGCUUGACACUGCCUUGACAACGAGGAGCGAACGUGUCCGGGCCAACGAGCGUGAGUAUGCGGAGCUCCGAGUCGAGUACGAUGGCCUGGCGGCAGCGAAUGAAGCCAUCCGAAAGGAGCUGGCGACGACCCGCAGCCGCAUCGCAUCGGAGCAGCAAGGCUGCCGUGCGGCAGAAGCUGAGCUUUCCGAGUACCAAGCACAACUACGCGCUGGCGAAGCUGAGUUUGCUGCCGAGCUGGAGUCUUUGGCCACCCGACGUCGGAGCUUGGAAGCGUCUCUGCGAGACUCUUCCGCAACCCUAGCUGAUGCUGAAGCAGAGGUGGCCGAGACUCGCAUGCAGAGUCUGGGUUUGCGAGCACAGCUGGAGGUUCUGGAAGCUGCCCGGGAUGAAAUUGCUGCGCAAGAGCACCAGGCCAGCAUGCAGCAGCGGGAAGAGGUGAAGCGGCUGGAAUCCUUGGCUGCGAACCUGGCAUCAGAGGCCAAAGAGAUCUCUCAACGGCACGUGAAGGUUACCACAUCUUUGCAGGACGGACUAACCAACGCCACCGACCAAGGGAAAGUGAGAAGACCCAGGAGGACGCACUGGGUUUGGCCCGCACAGCUGCCGCUGAGCGCUGUAGACGUGCGCGAGAGGAAGUGGCUGAGGCCGAGCAAAGACUGGGAAGUUUCCUUCGUCAAUUGGGAGAGGAGCGCUGUCGUGGACUGGAGUUGGCUCGCGAGCUGA